GCAGAGAAAAACUGCUGAAGCGACUGAUCUCCACACUGUUAUAAAGAUGGCGUUUAUUAAAGAGGAGAGUGAAGAUGUGAAGAUUGAAGAAACAUUCACAGUCAAACAGGAAGAUCUGCAAGAACAAACAGACCUAAUUGAAGAGAAUGGAGGAAGGAAAGAGGAGGAACAUCAUGUCAAAAUUGAGGAAAACGCUCAUUCACAGUCUGAUGGUAUUUUGAAAAGGAGAGACAAGAAUCAUUUCACCUGCACCUGCACUCAGUGUGGAAAGAGUUUUGGAAGAAACGGCAAUCUUAGGAUUCACAUGAUGAUCCACACUGGAGAGAAACCAUUCACAUGCACUCAGUGUGGGAAGAGUUUCAGCCAAUUAUCCCACCUUAAUGAACACAUGAUGAUCCACACUGGAGAGAAGCCAUUCACAUGCACUCAGUGUGGGAAGAGUUUCAACAAAUCAUCAAACCUUAAUCAACACAUGAAAAUCCACACUGGAGAAAAACCAUUCACAUGCACUCAGUGUGGGAAGAGUUUCAACCAAUCAUCAUCCCUUAAUCAACACAUGAGGAUCCACACUGGAGAGAAACCAUUCACAUGCACUCAGUGUGGGAAGAGUUUCAGCCAAUUAUCCCACCUUAAUGAACACAUGAUGAUCCACACUGGAGAGAAGCCAUUCACAUGCACUCAGUGUGGGAAGAGUUUUAUCCGCUCAUCAUCCCUUAAUCUACACAUGAGGAUCCACACUGGAGAGAAACCGUUCACAUGCACUCAGUGUGGGAAGAGUUUUAACUGCUCAUCACACCUUAAUCACCACAUGAGGAUCCACACCGGAGAGAGACCAUUCACUUGCACUCAGUGUGGAAAGUGUUUUAUCCAAUCAUCAUCCCUUAAUCAACACAUGAGGAUCCACACUGGAGAGAAACCGUUCACAUGCACUCAGUGUGGGAAGAGUUUUAACUGCUCAUCACACCUUAAUCACCACAUGAGGAUCCACACUGGAGAGAGACCAUUCACUUGCACUCAGUGUGGAAAGUGUUUUAUCCAAUCAUCAUCCCUUAAUCAACACAUGAGGAUCCACACUGGAGAGAAACCAUUCACAUGCACUCAGUGUGGGAAGAGUUUCAGCCAAUCAUCAUCCCUUAAUCUACACAUGAGGAUCCACACUGGAGAGAAACCAAUUACUUGCACUUAAGCCGCGGUCACACUGGACUUUUCUCCCCAUAGACUUCCGUUCAUACGCAUGCGAAUGCGUCAGACCGGAAAUGCAAGUUUCGCAGUUCACUGCAUUGCAAAGUAACAAUAGAAACUGUUGCUUCCAGUCCUCAGCUUUUCAAUUCCACUUAAGGUCUCUGUGACCUCUGACCUAGUUUAGUGGCUCCUGAAAAUGGUUACAAAGAGACACACUGAACAUUCUUCAUGGCUAGAUGACAGUUGUAGCGCAGCAGUUCUGAAUGAAACAGCUCCUUUAAACUUUGACUUUUUGAGGGUUUGCAGAGCCAAUAGGAGAGGUGGAGGCAUCGCUGCCCUGUUUAAAGAUGUCUACGAGUGUA